CGUUACGUCAGACAACGUGACCAUGACGACAGGCGUCCUCGGUUUGACAGAUGUUCCUUCGGGAUCCGCCGCUCACUCGAUGCGGAGCGGCAGAGCAGCGGAGCGGCUGAAGGUUGGAGUUUUCACCGCGAAGCAGCGAGCCAUGGCCGGGGGGAAGACUUCCGGUUCCUGCAGCAGGUUCCAGGCCAACAUCUUCAACAGAAACAAAUGUCAGAACUGCUUCAAGGCGCGCGAGCUGCAUCUGCAGAAUGAGCUGGAAAUGGAGCGCGCGAAGCCCGUCUACGGAGGCUGGCUGUGUUUGGCUCCCGAGGGGACGGACUUUGACAACCCGGUGCAGCGGUCCAGGAAAUGGCAGCGGCGCUUCUUCAUCCUCUUUGAGAACGGCGGGCUGAGCUUCGCGCUGGACGAGCUGCCCGGCACUCUGCCGCAGGGCGCCGUGGACAUGCUCGCCUGCACGGACGUCUGCGACGCCGAGCCCCGCACGGGCCAGAAAAACUCCCUCUGCAUCGCCACCCCGGAGCGGGAGGUGUUCAUCCGCGCCGACAGCAGAGAGAUCAUAAACGGGUGGAGCGAGCAGCUGUGCGUCUUUGUGCGGACCAACAAACAGAACCUCAAGAAGAAACGCAAGGUUGAGCCCGUGGCCAAUCAGGAGCCCAGUCCAGCGAAGGUGGCUGCCACCGGGGCCUCCUUCCCAGGCUCUGACAGGGACGCGGCGCACCGCAGAGGGCCGGACCCCACUCCAGCCUGGACCAAGCCCCCGGGUCCUGAGUGGACCCCCGCAGGCACGUCAUCCUCCUUCCUGGACCCGCUCGGCGCCGAUCGCAGCCCAAACCGCCCAGCGGACCAGCAGAGAAGGCGGGACGCCUCUUCUGAGCGGCCGGAUGGCACCAGGACGGGGCAGGAAGGAGGGGCAGCCGUGUGCCGGCAGGGCAGGACAGAGACCCGCCCCGGAAAACGAGAGAAGCUGCCGUCGUGUGGAGACACAGCCCAGCUCCGCGCCCCCCCUCCCCAAAGGAGAGCCAAGUCUCUGGACCGCCGGACGUCAGACACCGUCAUGACGCCGGAUCUGUUGAACUUCAAGAAAGGCUGGAUGGUGAAGCUGGAAGGAAAUGGCGUGUGGAGGAAGUUCUGGUUUGUGUUGACCACGGACAGCCUGAGGUACUUCAAGGACUCUCUGGCUGAGGAGACCUCCGACCUGGAAGGAGAAAUGGACUUGACCAACGUCUUGAAGGUUUCCGAGUAUGAGGUGCAGAGGAACUACGGCUUCCAGAUCCACACCGCCAAGGCCGUCGUCACGCUCUCGGCCAUGACGGCGGGGAUUCGAAGGAACUGGAUCCAGGCGCUGCUGCGGAACGUGCAUCCGGCCAACGCCCCCGAUGUGGCCAGUGUGCCGGCCCUCCAGGCCCCCCGCUCCCACCCUGAGGUCCUCCCCAAACCCGACGUGACGCAGGACUCUGCCGCAGGGAGAGCGCCGCAGCCCGCCGCCAAGAGCGUGGCAGAAAAACGGGGUAAAGGUCGCUACAAAACUUUUGACUGGGCUGAGUUCUGGCCCCAGAGCCGGCCGGAGGGGCUGCUGGGAAACCGGCCUCCCAGCUUCAUGGAGCUGGGAGACCUGGAGAGGCAGAGGAGGAGGGAGGAGAGGAGGAAGAGGUACGAGAGCACACUGGGCGUCUCCCUGCGGCGGGAAGACGGCGAGCAGGAGACCCGAGACGUGUCGGCAAAGCUGCAACAGGAGGAGAUCGAGGAGUUCUGGAGGCUGGUGGAGAGGAGCGCGCUCAGACCGGACAAAACCGUCCCGCUGGGCGCCGCAGAAGCAAACGCUGCGGAGACGGAGAAGCUGCUGAGGAGCUGCAUGAAGGCGGAGUGCCACCUGAAAGUGUUGGAGGAGCUGCAGUGUCUGCACCAACUGGAGGUGGAGCGCCUCCUGAUGGAGGGAGGCAGACUGCUGGAGGAGGAGAGCGUUGCCACGGCGACUGCGAUCCAAGCCAUCGAGAGGGCUCACCGCCAGGAGCUGCAGGAGCUCCAGCAGAAGUCCGAAUGGGAGCGCAGAGACCCGCCGCUGGGGGACGCUUACCGGCAGCACAGGGAGGAGCUGGCCUCCUGCCAGCGGGAGCUUGGCGUUCUGUCCCAGCAGUUCUCCAUGAAAUGUCUGGAGAACCGGCAUCUGAUCCAGGCGCUGGACGCCGAGAGGAAGGCUUUGAGCCAGUGCCAACAGGAGAACCAGCACCUACAAAGCAGAAACCAGGAGCUGAGUGGACAUCUGGCUGGAGAAAUCACCAGACUGUGUUCGCUCGCCAAACCAGAGUCGCUGCCGCCCAGCCCGGAGACGGACGUGUACGAGAUGGAGGUCACCCUGCGAGUGAAAGACUCUGAGGUUUGUUAUCUGAAGCGGGAGAUAACGUCCCUGAAGGACAAACUGCUGUCGACUCUGAAGGAGGCGUCUUACAAAGCAGCUGCAGCCACAUUUACAGAAAACUAUUGACCCGAAUCCAGCUUUACGACCCAUCUCAGGAACAGAGGAGCACAAGCAAGAAGAACAAGGAUAUGCAUGAAGAGCUGAGCGCGCUCAGAGCAAAGGCUGGAGAGCUGAGCGCGCUCAGACUAAAGGCUGAAGAGCUGAGCGCGCUCAGACCAAAGGCUGAAGAGCUGAGCGCGCUCAGACCAAAGGCUGAAGAGCUGAGCGCGCUCAGACCAAAGGCUGGAGAGCUGAGCGCGCUCAGAGCAAAGGCUGAAGAGCUGAGCGCGCUCAGACUAAAGGCUGAAGAGCUGAGCGCGCUCAGACCAAAGGCUGAAGAGCUGAGCGCGCUCAGACUAAAGGCUGGAGAUCUGAGCGCGCUCAGACUAAAGGCUGGAGAUCUGAGCGCGCUCAGACUAAAGGCGGAGCAACCAUCAGCACUAAA